AUGACAGACGAAAUUGCUAAUUUUACUGGUGUCAGUUGUCAAAAAUUUAAAUGUUCUGCUCGUGGUCUUUUAUUACCAUUUGGUAUUGAAGCAUGCAUGCCAAUAAAAUUACGAGCAGUAUUAUAUUUUAUUUUUUUACUAUAUCUUUUUCUUGGUAUUGCUAUUAUUGCCGAUAUAUUUAUGUCUUCAAUUGAAACUAUAACAUCAAAAAGACGAAAAAUACGUUAUCCUGAUCCAGGUGAAAAAGAUAAAUAUUUAACUGUUGAAGUUCGUACAUGGAAUGAUACUGUUGCUAAUUUAACAUUAAUGGCACUUGGUUCAAGUUCACCUGAAAUUCUUCUAUCAAUUAUUGAAAUAGUUGGAAAUCGUUUUGAAGCUGGAGAACUUGGUCCUGGAACUAUUGUUGGUUCAGCUGCUUAUAAUUUAUUAAUGAUUUCUGCGUUAUGUAUUUCUGCUAUUAAGGCUCCAGAAACAAGGAAAGUUAAAUUGUACAGUGUUUUUAUGAUCACAUCUUUCUUUGGAUUUUUUGCUUAUAUAUGGAUGUUCAUUGUCUUAUCGGUUAUAUCAAAAGAUGUUGUUGAUCUUUGGGAAGCUGUCAUUACAUUUCUCAUGUUUCCGUUGGUUGUCAUUUUAGCAUUUCUGGCUGAAAAAAAUUUCUUUGCUUCAAAGAAAAUUGACAUGGACGAAGAGGAACAAACACUCAUAUUAACACCACCAGAACGUGACGAAAAUGGUAGUCCACGUAAUUUUCGUAAAGAUGAACUUCUACAAUUCUUACGUGAUCUUGGUCAAACAACAAAUUUAUCAUUAGAAGAUAAAGCACAAUUAUUUGCAGCUAAAUUAAGUGAAAGUAUGCAUCGAUCACGUAUGCAAUAUCGUAUUCAAGGUGCUCGAAUGCUUACCGGUGGCAAAUCUUUAUUUCUUAAUUUGCCUGACAAACUACAAGAGAUCUAUUCUGAAGUACAUAAUCGUGAUUCACUGGUGGUUGAUCAACGAGCAUCAUUAGUAUCAAGAACAGGUGAUGAAGAUGAUACUAUUGAUCCUGAUGAUCAUCGAGCAUUAAUUGAAUUUUCUACAACAACAUAUGCUAUACUUGAACGUGAACAAAAAGUUAAUCUUAAAAUUUACGAACGAGCUAUUAAACCACAGCCUGUUGAUGGGAAUUUUCCGGCUGAACAUUCAUUUGGUAGAAAGGGAACAUUAUCAAAAAUAGAAGUUGAUGAUGAUCCACGUUUGGCUAUACUUGAGUUUGCUUCAUCCAGUUAUGCUGUACUUGAACGUGAACAGCGUGUAACUGUCGAAGUCGUUAGAUACGGCUUCGUGAAUUCCGUUCUUCAUUUUCGGUAGGUCCCGAUCACAUAGUCCAUAUACUUGUUAUUAUAUUUUGACGUCUGGUGUAUUUGUUGUUUUCAUCAACUAGAAAACCUAUUUUCCUACAUCACUAAUUGUAUUCAAAUAUCCACCUACUGUUUGACCCCUUCAUUAACCAAUAAUAUAAUUUCAAGUAUUCUUUCAAAUAAGAUCAAAAGAUAAUAUGAGAAAAGUUUGCAUGAUAUAUGCUUUUAUAGAUUGUAUAAAACCUGCCUAUUCUUUGCUUUAUAUUUGCCUGCUUUAAGCUAAAUUCUUGCACGCUUUUUCUUUAGAA